UGCAGAGAGAGAGAGAGAGAGAAAAAGAGAGACCGGUCUUCAAUCUCGAAACCUGGAGAAAUACACAAGCAAAAUUUUACUUUUUAAUCAGGCAUAGCUAUGGGAAUUAGACCGUCCGGCUACCAAAACCAAGCUCUCAUUCCAUACUAUCUAAAGCCAGUCCACUUCGCGACAUUGGCUUUGAAAAACUGCCGUUGGAAGAAAUGUCAGUAUUAAAAAAUAGUAUAGAAUAACGGCGGUACUCUGUUGUUGCGGCCAAAACGAUGCGCCUCAAAUCAAAGGAAAGGUAUUAGCUCAGCUGUAGAAAUGGGCUAAUUCUGAUUCGUUUAUUAGUUCUUAAAAAGCUGGGAAUAAUGGCAACAAUGAUCAUGAGUCUGACGCUUUUCUUUGUAUUUAUUGGUGGCAUUUCCGCUCAGAUUGAGCAAGCCUCCAAUGAAGCUGUAGUGUCCCUCCCUCCUGGAAAAUAUCAUCACACAGACCAGAUGACUGGGGAGGAGCUGACAUGUGACAAAUGCCCUGCUGGUACUCACAUUUCCAGGCACUGCACAGAAACCAACUUAAGGGAGUGCAGCCCGUGUCGGAACGGGACCUACACUAAACACGAGAAUGGAAUUGAACGAUGCCAUCGAUGCAGGAAACCUUGCACAACACCCAUGAUUGAGAAAACACCUUGCACUGCCUUGUACGACCGUGAGUGUGCUUGUCCACCUGGCUUCUACAUCGAUCAAGACACCUGCAAACACCACACGGAGUGCCCCAAAGGCUGGGGCGUCAGGAAGAAGGGCAGCGAGCUGGAAGAUGUCAAGUGUAGACAGUGCUCUCGGGGAACUUUUUCUGAUGUGCCUUCCAGUGUACUGAGGUGCAGGACCCAUACAAACUGUUCUGCACAGGGUCUUGUCGUCCUCACACUAGGAACUAGAGAAUCUGACAAUACCUGUGGUACUUCAUAUGCACUUUCUCCUACAACACUGGUGGAGGAAAUCCACAAGGUUUCAUCGGUUGCCUUUUCUGAAAAAAAUGCGGGUGCUCAUGCUAGUGCUGUAAAACCGACUUGGAUCAGCAUGGUAACAAAACCACUUCACAAAACAAAUGGCACUGCACCAAAUAACAGCGGGGCUUCUGUAGCCACAGAGCACUAUAGAGGAACAAAACCACAACCAAGCCACCAUAACCAACACCAGGAACACCACAGCCGCCUGUCCAUCACCAAGCUGAAGCCUGUAAUGGACACGGUGGAGGACAGUGUGGUGCAUAGCCCAGGCUUCAAACCUACAAGAAGGGGAUCCCCGAGACCAAGCUCGCACAAGCACUUUGACAUUAAUGAGCACCUGCCCUGGAUGAUAGUCCUUUUCUUGCUGCUGAUGCUGGUGGUGAUUGUGGUCUGUAGCGUCAAGAAAAGCUCAAGGGUGCUAAAGAAGGGGCCCAAGCAGGACCCAAGCAGUAUUGUGGAAAAUGCGAUCCAGAAAAAGCCAAGUACCCCCACUCAGAAUAAAGAGAAGUGGAUAUACUAUUCCAAUGGACACGGUAUAGACAUCCUUAAGCUGGUGUCAGCACAGAUUGGCAGCCAGUGGAUAGAUAUGUACCAGUCUCUAGCCAAUGCAACAGAGAGGGAGGUGGCAGCUUUCUCUAAUGGGUACAAGGCAGAUCAUGAGAGAGCGUAUGCAGCUUUACAGCACUGGACUAUAAGAGACCAAGAUGCCAAUCUUGCUAAACUCAUUAAUGCUCUACGCAGGCACAGGCGCAACGAUGUAGUGGAGAAGAUUCGGGGGGUGAUGGAGGAUAAUCCUCAGUUGGAUAUAAACAAGCUGAUUACGGCUGUGAAUGUGACCCAAUGCCUCAGUCCCACCCACAAGCCUUCAGAGUCAACUGGGGUUAUCAUAGAGCCUUGCUCAGUGGACAAGUCGAAAAGAUUCUUUGCUGAUGAAUCAGAACCUCUGCUGCGCUGUGACUCCACUUCCAGUAACAACUCGCCUCUUAGCAGGACAGGUUCUUUUAUUACCAAAGAAAAGAAAGAUACAGUGUUGCGACAGGUACGCCUGGACCCUUGCGACCUGCAGCCAAUCUUUGAUGACAUGCUUCACAUUCUGAACCUAGAAGAGCUCCACGUGAUUGAUGAGAUCUCUCAGGCGGAGGACAAGCUGGAUAAACUCUUUGAGGUUGCUGGUGUGAAGAGCCAGGACGCCAGCCAAAAGCUCCUCGACUCUGUGUACAGCCACCUGCCUGAUCUACUGUAAACAAACCGCCAGUGAACUGGGGUUUCACUUCACUCGUCACAAACUGGUGGAGUGACUAGCAUGAAGUGGGAAUGUUACAUGUAAAAUCUGAACAGGUUAUGUGAGAUAAGGCCAGUAAAUGUCUUCUUGGUACAGCUGUUAUGCUCCAGAGCCCUUGAAAUUCAUUAUGGUUUAGGUUCAAUAUAGCUUUGGAAAAUGUUCUCUUUGUUCAUGUCAUAACUUCUGUUAGCGUUUUCAUUCAUAAGAUAAUGCCUGCAUUUUUUAUAUUACAGUUUAUGUGUAAAAUCGGUAAAUCUGUAGGUUUACCUGCUCCGCGGUCAAUCUAUAAAAUAACCAGUAUAUCUGUAGAUUUACCAGCUCAGAGGUCAAUGUAUAAAAUUACAGAUUUUACGCAUGAACCAUAACAUAUAUAUAUAUAUAUAUAUAUAUAUAUAUAUAUAUAUAUAUAUAUAUAUACACACACCGACGACGCUAGGUUAAACAUAUUGAAGUUGGGAAAACAAAUUGGGAAGUUGGCUCUUUUGAGCACAAACUUUAAUUGAAUUUUUUUGAGCGUGUUUAUGUGUAUUUAAUUCAUUUUAAUGCUGACUGAUUACCUGUAUAUAAUGUAUGCACUUACUUUAUAACUUCUUAAAAUGGUAUGGCAUUUUGCCAAGUCUGCUUUUAUUGUCCAUGUUUCUUUGCAGUAUUGUUUGCAUACUGUACAUAUUUGUGUUUUUUAGUUUUUUUUUUGUAAUGCAUAAUAUAUAUUUUUUAUUGUAAAUUCUAUGCUUAACAGAAGCAGUGAUUUGCACGAUUUAUUGGGCAUUGACGACUCAUUCUAAAGGUUCAUUGCUUGAGUUUACUAAUUUAUAUUCAAAUGUAACACUAUAAAGAUUCACGUUCAAGAUGUACUCCUGGAAUUAGAUGGGCGUACUUGUUAAUUGUUUUAAAUGAAUGCACACCUGGCAGUUCAUCCUUGUACUUCUUUAAAAUAGAAACAAUUUAGAUAAUUAUGAAACAGUAAGAACCGUGAUGAAGCUGUUUUUUCCUAGUAGAAAUGCAAUAGGCUGUAUUUGCUUCACCAGUCAGGGUGAUAUAAGCCGGCUAUAUAUCAAGCUGCACUGGUGCUGUCUUUAGAUACCCUGGUGGUACUGGGUUCACUGUAAGAACAACUCUGAUAGUUUGUUAAAGAGUAUUUGUUUUGUUUUGUUUUUUUUACUAAUAUGGCCUGAAAUGGCAAGAAAGAAUUAUGUUAUGCAGACAAUUUCUGUGGAAUUCAUUGAAGAUAGUUAUUGCCUUCUAGCCUGGGACUAAUAUACUGAAGUAUAAAUGUGUUUCUUACUAAGAGUUGCUGAUGUUUGCCCCUUAUAUUCUGGUGGCUGUUUUAGUAUUUGACACUUGUAACCAAUAACUGUAUUACUAUUGUGACAUGUUGCAUCAAGCCAUUAAAGUUCAGAUCUUUGUGAUAAUGACUGUAGUGUCUGGAUAUUUAUUUUUUUAAUCUCAUAUAAAGAUGUAUUAAAUAUAAAAAAGCAUAUUACUAAAAGGUUCAGCCCUAAAUAUGUAUGUAUUUAAAGUUAGGCUGCUUAGAUCUUGAAAAGAAUAUCAAUAAUGUUUUCAAACUUGUAAUGGCUAUAAAAUGUUAACAUGAUGAAUAAAACACAA